GAGUGGAGGCAGGUGUCUAUAUCAGACGCUGCCACACAUUCCACAUGUACACGAACUCUAGAGGGAGCCUGAGACAGAGGUGGCAGUGAAGACACGUUAUGGGAGAAGAAUUGCACCAGGACAACUGAAGCCAUGCCGGUUAAAAGCGAGUUCACGCUUUGCUCCCUUAUUGACGGGGCUUUCAAUGCCAAUGCUUUUCAAGCUUUGGAGGAAUUUCUGUUGGAUACAAAUGACUAUCCACCUCAGCAUUGCACCAAGCCGGCCCUGAACAAGCUCGACAAGUUGGCACACAAGGAAAUGGAUAAAAACCAAUUCUCGAACAUCUCUCUACUCUUGAAAGCGGUGCAGAGAUUUACCAAGGAUGAAUCUGAUGUUGGUCUGAAUGAUUUAAUUAAGCAUGGUCUCAUUCAGAAGAUAAGUAGACUUAUUCAGCUUGGGCAUUUUCGUAUCGAAGGCUAUUUUUUUCAAUCACGAGGAAUUGCAGGUGCUGCAAAUUUUGCUGAGAACUCGAAGUGCUGGAGGAACUCAGCGGGUCGGGCAACCUCUCUGGAGGAUGUGGAUAUGUGACCUUUUGGGUCUGGACCUUCAGUCUGAAGAAGGAUCCCGACACACAGCGUCACCUAUCCAUGUUCUCCACAGAUGCUGCCUGAGCCGCUGAGUUACUCCAGCUACAAUGCUUAUCACUAUAUUUCUGAAUCUUCCCCUUGUGAACUUUGCUCUACUUGAGAUGGGUUUGAUUGUAUUUAUUGAGUAUUAUCUAUUUGGAAAGAAUGCAAAACAAAGUUUUUCAUUGUACCUCGCUACACUUGACAAUAAUAAAGGGCCUGUCCCACUUGGGCGUCAUUUGCCGCCAUUUACGCAACAAGUGCUCUUGAGGGCCCUGCUUCUUUUGGGAGCCAUUUGCGACGUCACUCGUACUUAGUCUGAUCUCCGCGGCAGGGAUUUUCCCAGUGAAAAUGUUCAAAACUCUGCGCGCUUUAUACCCGGGUGGUCACGUGGCGCGGCACUCAAAUGGCGUACGCGGCGAAGCAUGGUUACGGACGUUGACGCACGGUGACGCAUAAUAAAUUAGCAUAGGCAAUGUCCGUGCGUAACCAUGUGUCACCACGCGCUGCACGUACGCCAUCCGUACGUCAGCGUGCGACAGGGAUACGUCACGCAGGUGGUGACCGUGGAUUUUGAGCAUUCCAAAAUCCUGGGGCGCCGCGAGUUACCGCGCGUCACUGCAUACGCCACCACGUGUCGCCACGCGCCAACCGAUUUUUAGGAUGUCGCGCGAAUGACCUGCUAAUGUCACCCAAGUGGGGCAGGCCAUAAGCCUGAGCCUAAUGUUUGCAAAAUUCAUUUCCUAAAGUAACUAAGUCUCCUGUGUUGUUUCACAUGCUCCUUUGGUUCGAGCGGGCUACAGAGUUUAUGAAAACCGUUGAGCUGAAAGCAAAUGAGUCUCUCGUGACUUUGGUUGAAGAUAUCUUUGACACUGCAUUGGUAAUUUGCAAAUGCAGCGGGGAAGGCCAAAUUCAGCUCCUGGAUGGUUUCCUACUGCAACUAGGCCAUGGUGUGACUGACUUCCGUCUCAAAAUUACUAUAAGACUGGAGGCCUUGAGAACCUUUAAUUCGAUGCUUGAUUUAAUCUCUCGUGAGAGGAAGAUAAAAUUUCACUUGUCUGAAGAAGCACAUGGUUUAAUGCUUGACCUGGCAAAAACGAUCCUGGAUGUUGGCGACUAUGAAAUUCAGGUCGCCAUUUCUGAGGCGUUGUGCCGAAUGACCGACAGGAAGACGCGGGAGACACUUAUUGAUACGUGGUUUGACGAGAGGAAUGGAAACGCAUUCAAAGAGAUUAAAGACUUUGAAUUUGAAACUGACUGCCGAAAAUUUCUCAACAGACUGAACGCAAGCCUUUUGAAUAAAAGAAGAGUCUACACUUAUCCCUGUAACUCUGCUUUCCUAGAUCUGAAUGAGUUGAAGAUGCCAGCUGAUGAUAAACUGGAGAACUUCUGGAUUGACUUCAACCUGGGCAGUCACAGUGUGACGUUCUUUAUCAAGGAUGAUCACGAUGCUGAGAAUGACCUCUGGGAAACAGUCAGCUUGUCAUAUGAAGCUGUCAAAACUUUUGUUGUGGAAGGGAACGAGCUUAUGGAGGAGGAGGUAGUGAGGAUGGGACUAUACAAUGUAAGGAGCAUUAUGCAGGGGGGUGUAAAAGUUAAAAGUUCGCAGGUGUCGUCCAUUAAAAAUGGCGUCAUGGUCGGCAUGGUUCUGACUAUCAGAUAA